GUGGGGCUGACAACUGUAAACACCAACUGUGCUCCUCAGCUUACCUUGUGACUUGAUUUAUGGGAUAGAUUAGUUAGCUGCUAGUACAUCAGAUGGUACCCGGCUAAGAUCAACAAAAAUGUUUCUUUAGCGCAUCAAACCUGAAGCGCAAAAUGCGAUGCUAUCUUCUCGCAUUUCUCCUGUGCAUGGUCCUCAGCUUCCUCUCUCUGCUGUAUGUGUUCAGUCAGCUCGCCUCCACCCUGGAGGACACAGACGGCUGGGCGGCGAGAGAACACGGGAUACCCGACAGGAGCAGUCAUGAGAGCGGGCGUCUUCUCAGGAAAAUGCCGGGACUGGCAGGCCUCCCAGACCGCGGAGAAGGGCUGGACAGGUGUAAAUCACUGUCAGUUUCUUACUGGAAUCCAUAUUGGAGACUGCCUGCUGAUGUUUGUGGAGUGAACUGCUUAUUGGAAUCAUCUCUUAGUGAGAGGGUGGACUCUUCUGUCAAGAAACAUAGUGAUGAGAGGAGUCACCUGGCUGUGGUGGCCUGUGGCCCCAGGCUGGAGGAAACUCUCACUAUGUUGAAGUCUGCUGUUCUCUUCAGCAAAAAGCCUCUGCAUUUUUACGUCUUUGCUGAGGAAGAGCUACAUAACAGCUUCAGAGAUGCUCUGAAAUCGUGGCCUAGAGUGGUUCAGGCCCAGUUCAACUUCACCAUCUACCACAUCACUUUUCCCAAGGAGAAUGAAAAAGAAUGGAAGAAACUCUUCAAGCCUUGUGCCUCUCAGAGGCUCUUCCUACCACUAAUCCUGAAAGAGGUGGACUCCUUGCUUUAUGUCGACACAGAUAUUCUUUUUCUGCAACCCGUUGAGCACAUCUGGGCCCUGCUCACUCAGUUCAAUUCAAGCCAAUUAGCUGCCAUGGCUCCAGAGCAUGAAGAGCCACGUAUCGGCUGGUACAACCGUUUCGCCCGUCACCCGUACUAUGGCAAGACAGGCAUCAACUCAGGGGUCAUGCUCAUGAACAUGACACGCUUCAGGGAGAAAUUUUUUAAGAAUGACAUGACAGCAGCUGCACUGCAGUGGGAGGAAAUUCUGAUGCCCCUUUUUCAGAAGUAUAAACUCAACAUCACAUGGGGCGACCAGGACCUUCUUAACAUCAUAUUUCACCAUAACCCAGAAAGCUUGUAUGUGUUCCCGUGCCAGUGGAACUACCGUCCAGACCACUGCAUCUAUGGCAGCAACUGUAAACAGGCUGAACAAGAAGGUGUCUUCAUUCUCCAUGGUAACAGAGGAGUUUAUCAUGAUGACAAGCAGCCAGCAUUUCGAGCAGUUUAUGAAGCCAUACAAAAGUACCCAUUUGGUGAGAACAUGGAGACUUCGCUGCUUCAGCCGCUGGAGGCGUCGCUGCAGACAACCACACAUACCUACUGUGGCCGAUCCAACCACCUCUUCACCAAGAGGUUAAAGCAGAGCAUCACGUCUGUUCAACAGGACGUCACAAAAAGAAGAUGACGGCAUCAACAUGCAAAUGCCAUUCCAUGAACAGUGCCUAAUGUCUCUCUGUUGGCAGAGACUUAGAUUUAAGUUACUCCUGUGGAGACGAUGAGCUGGAUGACAAACAGACUCAGGUCAACACCGAACCAUCAUCUGUUUACAAACUUCAUAUUAAGACACUAGAAAUGAAGAAGGGUAAUCUGUGGAUCAGGUUUUAUGCUUUCAUUUUUAGGUGAAGCCAGUUUUGAUACAUAUCUGUCCAGUGAAUUCACAAUCAGGUCCCUAUUUCUUACAAUGGUGGAAAAUGCACUGAAUCCACCUUUUUGGACUUAAUAGCCGACAAGACUGACAUUUUCUUUAUUCCAGACAAUCGGGUGGUAUUUUUUUUUGUUGUGAGGCAUAAUCUGUAGUCACUUUGUACAGUGUCUAAAGAUUUUGUGGGGGGGAAAAAAAGCAGAUUUAUCAAGAGUAUUUUAUUAGAGGUUUAAUAUAAUUCUGCAAUCUGUAUUUUCAUGUUAUUUCCUUGCAGUAUAUCACAGGGAAGGGCUGUCAUUACUUUUUAGGUGCUUAUUAGGUACGUAAAUAUGUUCCGUUUUAUUUAACAAGGCCCGUGCUAAUUGACAAUAUAGAAUCGAUCAGUAUUUAUUAUUGUGGGACAUCUGUGAUAAGAAGCACUUUUUAUGUCUUAACUUGAGAAUUUAGCAUGAGGCUAUCAUUUCAUAUAGUUUAAGAUUGGAGUUUGCAAUACAUUGUUUACUGUACAUUGGCGUAGUACAUCAGUCAUUUUGUUGACUUUACCAACAAAACCACAUUUUCCUAUACCUGGUAGAUUUUCAUAGAGAGCAGCAUUUUCUAAUCAAGCCAGCUAGCAUCAGGAUAUCUGCUCUGUGAUAUGUGUAACAAAACAUUUGCACAACUGAUUUCAAGAUUGUGAGGACACAAAAUCAUACCUAUGAUUUGUGUGUUUUAUUGUAAAGAUGAGAUAAACAUUUAUAUGUAUGGUAAAUAUUUUAUUAAUAAAACAUUUAUAAUGGUA